ACGUCACCGAAGCUCGCCGCCGCAUCUGGAUAGUCAUCAAACGAUUCAUUCGACCUGCUACUUCGCACUUCCGGCGCUUUCUCGUUUCACAUUGAUGCACUAACUAACGCCCAACAACACUUAUUGACUCGAGAGCCAUUCAUAUUCAUCCUGGCUGGAAUAAUCUGGAAGGGCUCGGCAGAGCACUCCACAGGGCAGACGGCUCAGCUGCGACCGGAUACCAUGGCAGUGCCAUCGUCCCAGCCCAGCUUGUCCCCGCACUUUUGUUUCUCGCCCGGCACUCUUCGAGACUUCUUGCGACUCUCGAGGGCGUCAAUCGACGACUCUAUUGCCCAGAACCUCAACGCGCUGGUGACACCGUCUCGGUCCGGCUUCGAUCCCUCAUCCACCUCCCAACGCGCCGCGAGACCGACCUCCCGACGAAUAGACGGCCAGGCAUGCUUUGAUUUUAAGGACAAAGUCCUGUUUCCAUCUUGGCAGACGCGGACCGAAGUGUUGAACUACUGCGCCCUUGUCGCAGCGAGUCCCGAUCCGGACGACCCGAGCCGGACGUUGAGAGAGUUGGAGAGCCAAAAGGACCGUGAAAGGGUCGUUGAUGAACGUUUGGAUCCAUACUCUGGCCGAUUCUUCCCUCGAGAAGCACGAACCGAAAGACUGGCAUCACUUGUUCGACAAGAGAGGGGUGUUGAGAGCAUCGUACGACAUCGAACCUGGGCAGUGAUCAACGAACGGUGCGGCGACUCUACCGACACCUGGGAGGACGCUGUGAAGAUUUGGAAUAAGGACAAAGAUCCAGAGAGGCCCGUCUAGACCGAUAGGCUGGCGAGAGACUCGUAUCCGGAUUCAGCAAGGAUUCCAGGCGACAUCGCGACACUGGUGGAGGGCCGCCAGAGACGAUAUUUGUACAACAUGAAUCACGACGAGAUGAAUUGUAGGAUAAUGUACUCACCUCCACAAGAGAUGUAAUCAUAUAAAUUACUAUUAUGUAUAUACCUUGAAUGAGAAUCAUACA